ACAAGGCCCCUAGCAAUAGAAAGGAAAGGAAAUACAUCACAAGACCCACCGCGGCUGCACCGCUACCGGCCCACUCAGAAACCACCGCGAGCGAUGGAGGAGGAGGAAGGCGGAGGGCCGAGGCUGAGCAAGAGAUUCUCCGACAAGGACGGAGAAGUGGACUACAAGACCAAGGCAGGCACCGCCUGGUCUCACUCUUUCCUCAACCAGAAGCCUUGGCACCCUCUCUCUUAUCCCAACCAGCGCCGAAAGUGGAUCGCCGAGCAGACCCACUCCCAGAAGGAACGCCGAGCCGAAGAGAUUUCCCGAGAGUAUGCUCAAGAACAGGAUUUUUUCCGUCAGACUGCUCUUGUCUCCAAGAAGGAGAAAGAAAAGUUGGAGAUGAUGAAAGCUGUUAGCUUUAUGUAUGUUCGACCGCCUGGCUACAAUCCGGAAAGCGCUAAAGCUGCUGAGGUAGAAGAUGAGAGGAAAAAGCAGGAGCAAGUUGGCACUUCUCAGAGCCCGACUGCAGAGGGCGCUUCAAAUUCAAAGAAGCCUGAGUCUAUGCCUCCUAUUGAAGAGAAAAAGAAACCGAGGCCAAAAGAUGUCUUUGGCCGUCUCUUACCAACAGAAGAACAAUUCGAAGUCCUCAAAAAUGCUCCAAGACUGGAAACAGGUGCCCCUGCAAGGGUCAAACCUUUUGCAAUUGAGAUACGCAAUGUCAAAUGUGUACGAUGCGGGAACUUUGGUCAUCAAAGUGGUGAUCGUGAAUGCCCAUUAAAAGAUGCUAUCAUGCCAAAUGAAGAGAGUCGGUUGAAAAGAGACGACCCUUUAACAGCUAUCUUAGCUCAGACAGAGUCAAGUGAGCCUUUAAAGUGGGAACUCAAACAAAAACCCGGGUUGAGUCCUCCUCGAGGCGGGUUCAGACCCGAUGAUCCCAACCAGCAGAUAGUUGCAGAGGACAUAUUUGAUGAGUAUGGAGGGUUUCUCGCGGGGAACAAUAUUCCUGACCUGCUGCUAUCCAACUUCUCAAGCAAGCCAAAGAAGAAGAAAAAAUCCAGUAAGAGUAAACACAAGAGGAGAGCUUCACCAACCUCGAGUGAUUCACGUGACCAUGAAGAAACCGAGUCUUCUUCUGAUGAUGAUGAUAGAGGGAGAAGAUCAAAGAAGAGGAGACAUUUCAGACCCGACGAUCCCAACCAGAAGAUAGUUGCGGAGGACAUAAUCAACGAGUAUGGAGGGUUCCUCGCGAGGGACAAUAUUCCUGACCUGCUAUCCAACUUCUCAAGCAAAACGAAGAAGAAAAAAUCCAGUAAGAGUAAACACAAGAGGAGGGCCUCACCAGCCUCCAGUGAUUCACGCGACCAUGAAGAAACCGAGUCUUCUUCCGAUGAUGAUAGAAGAAGAAGAUCGAAGAAGAGACAUAAAAAGAAGUCACGAAAGCAUUCCGAGUCAAGCUCAUCAUCAGAGGACUCCAACUCUGACAGGCAUCGAAAGAGAAGUACCAAACCGAGGCACUCUCGCCCUAGUUCAUCUCGCUAUUCAGAUUCAGCCGGGAAACAUAAGAGGAGAGAUCACCACCACAACCACCACCACCAUAGGCGUCGCCAUGAUCAUCAGUCUGAUUCUUUACUAGAAUGACAUGCAUUACAAUUUCAUGUGCAAUAUGCAAAAAUGGCAUUGAUUUUAGGCCAUUGGAUUGGCUAAUAGUGUGUUACAUCUUACAUGUAGUUCUUAAAAAACAUGGGGCCUUGUUAGUAUGAAAAAAACAAAAUUUCAAUUUCUAUC